CGUCUUGAGGCCAUUUCUGGCCCCCUCCGUCCCGCGCAGUCGCUUAUGAGCGGGCCUAUCUUUAUCGAGUCUUCAAACGGAUGGACAAAGGAACUGCUGCCGUCAGACUUCAAGUGCUCCGCUUCAUUUGCUUCGUUCCAAUUUCUCCUCGACUGCCUUGCUUCCACUAUCUUGGACGGGAAAUGGGUCCCUCGCAGUGUAAAGCUUAUCGCACCACGAGUUGAGGGCAAAAUUGUCCGCUCAGAUAUCAUUCCGCUGCGUAUGGUAGACAUGGAGUGUAUCGAGGAAGUGAGGUCUUUGGCCACGCCUCUCGAACACUAUACGGGAAAGCCGUGGGAUACCUCUGCGGAUCUGAUCUCCCUUCUUACAGAGUCUGCUGGUGGUAUUAUUCUCCGAUCCAACGAGAGCGCCGAGAUUGCGGAUCUCAUGCUGCGCAACGUCCAAUUGGAGCUCCACAACCGACUUUCGUUCCAGUGGGUUAUGCCAGGCCUUCGACGCAAGACUGUCGCCUUCCUCGAGGGUAGCACUGUCCACCCCUCUCGUGGAGGCACGGCGGAGAACAUUUACGGGGCUGCCAAAGCCCUUGGCCUUGAUGUUGUAGUCCUUGCUGUCCAAGGUCACUGGCUGGAAGGAUCCGAAUAUGCCCACUGGCGUAAGGCUUUCGUUCCAAUCAAAUUCGGCUUCGAUGCGGAGUUUCCGGCUAGGAUCGUAGCUGCCGUCAAACAAUCUGGGCUCAAGGUCGACGCUCUUUUGACCAUCUUCGACUGUUUCCAGACGUUUAUCACUGCAGCUGCAGAGGAGCUAGGUUUGGCUUGUGAACCGGCGUCUGCAUUUGAGAUUGCAACCAACAAGUAUAAGAUGAGUGCUUUCGAGGGCCACGAAGCGUUUCGUGCUGCUAGCGCAGAUGAGGCUCUCAAUAUCGCCGCAACUCAAACCCUGCCUUACCCGAUCAUCGUCAAGCCCUGCAAUGGAUGGGGCUCCGAGGAUGUCUUCAAAGUCGAUGAUGCAGCAGAUCUUGCUCGCCAAGUCAGUCGCAUCAACACCGAUCGCCAUGGAGCUGAGUUCGUAAUGGAGCACUAUUGCGAUGGCCCUGAGAUCGACGUUAACAUAGUUCUGUACGACGGCGAAAUCCUAUUCUCCGAAAUCGGCGACGAGUAUCCCAAGGGCGCAGAAAACGGAACUCAAGAUGAUUUCCAUGAGAUGGACACUUGCUCACCUUCCCAACUCCCCGUGAACGAGCAAACCACGUUGCGAAGCCACUUCCACCAGACGCUUCUACGACUUGGCUUCCGAAAUGGGAUUUUCCAUUGCGAAGCCCGUAUGCAGGAUUCCACUCUUGAAUGGAAGUCGAUCGACCACGGAAUGUACGAGCUCCAGGAGACUUCCAAGCCUGCCGCAGCACCACCCAGCGUGUGGGUCAUUGAGGUCAAUCCCCGCCCACCAGGGAUGAAGGCAACUGGCAUUGUCGAAACUACCUACGGCAUUGACUACUGGGCUCUUACUAUGUUGAUUGCUCUUCGCGAUUCCGCGCGCGUGCAAGCACUAUCGCAGCAAUUCCGCAACGGCGCUCAGUACCAUGCCGAUAUGGUUUUCAUCUCGGCGGCUUUCGGCGACUCGAAGGAAGGCAUCUGGGAGUCUGGCGACGUCACUACCGAAUUGUUGGAGCGACAGCCGCAUCUCGCCAAGAAUGUGUCUAGGAGCAUGACGUUUAUCCAGAAAGGCGAUAAGGUCCCAAAACCAAGCUCCGGUGUGAACACGUUCGUUGCGUACAUGAACAUCUUUUCUAGGAAGAGCAGGAUGGAGGUGUUAGAGAUUGCGAAGGCAUUGAGACAGGAUAUCCAGAUUGAGUACUCGUAG